GGAAGGGAACCAAGUCCCGCCAAUUCCGACUCAGGAGCGCGAGGUUCACAGUAGGGCGAAAUCAAGGCAGCACACAGGGACGCCGCGAAACUAGAAGAUAUGUUUUAUUUUAAAUAAAGUAGAAAGUACGUUGCGUUCAAAUAGAUAUUAUACUCUUACUGGAGCGAGUUCUUUAUCAUUUGGGGUUAAAGUUGAGUGUUGAAGUGCGCCGGAGCGACCCUUGACCGGCUCUGUGGUUGGGAUGUUGGCGGCGGAAACCCCAUCAGUGGACGGACAUUUGGCAGCAUCGACUCCACGCAAAGGAGGCAUGGACUGCAAAUCAAAUAAUAAUGCUAAUAAGAAAUUAAUUCAAGCUCGUCUCCCAUUCAAGCGCCUUAACACUGAACCCAAGGAGAACCAGCCGCCAAAGCGCCCCUGUGCCCACGCCUGCCCUCAACCCGGAGACUCAGACGGACACAAUGAAAACGAGUCCACACCUUUAUCUGAGCGGAGCGGGCCGCCUUUAGUCAACGGUCGGGGUCCGAUUGACGGCUUCUUUAGCCGCCGGCACCCUCCGCCCUCUGAUCUAAAGAUGAUCAUUGACUUAACCGUGGACAAGUCAUCGUCCCCCGUCAAAGGCUUUCCCUCCCCUGCAUCUGCUUGUCGUCCAGCAAAGAGCAAACUUUGUUCCAAGGAUAAACCAGCGUUUUCUGGCCAACCCCCCAACGUUGAGGAGACUUUGAAACCAUGCAGCUCAGACUCUGUAAUAAUUAGUGAUGAUGAAGCAGAUGAGUUGGAAGCGGAAGAUCCUCCAGUUUCUACAUCACAACUUGACACAACACAGGACUCUCACAGUGAGCCGGAGGAGCAGAAUGAGUCAGGGAAUGUCUCAAGUUGUGAAAACAGGUCGGCUUCUCCUGGCAGCCCGCUGUCUGAAAGCUCUCCAGAGAGCAGAAAAGCUGGUGACCCCACACCCACCAGAACAGCUAAGGAGAUGCAAAGCCCCCCGACCCCAAAAAACACAAAAAGACGCUCUUUGAAGGGUUUGCAGGAACAUGAUGAAAAGCUCCGACUGCGACAGGAGAAGGAGCGGCAGAAAGAAGAGGCCAAAGCGGAAAAGCAAAAGAAAAAGGAGGAGGCCCGCAAGCUGAAGGAGGAACGAGAAAAGGAGAAACGCGAGAGAAAAGAAAAGGAUGAGCGUGAAAAACGUGAGAAAAAGGAAAAAGAAGAGAAAGAAAAGGCAGAAAGGGUAAAAGCAAAAGAAGAGCUGCGGAAGUCUAAGAUAGAAGCAAAACUUGAAGAAAAACGAAAGAGAGAAGAAGAAAAACGAAUUAAGGAGGAGGAGAAACGGUUGAAAGAAGAGAAGGAUCGUCUGAAAGCGGAAAAAGCAGAAAUAACACGGUUUCUACAGAAAUCCAAAACACAGCAGGUUCCCAAGACUCUUGCAGCAGCAUGUGGGAAGUUUGCUCCAUUCGAGAUCAAAGAAAACAUGGCUCUGGCGCCGUUGACCCGUGUUCAGUGCAAGGACUCUGUUCUGGAGGAGCUGGACCACUGUUUAUUGAAUCCUGUUGAAAAGGCAAACGCACUAAAGGACUGGAUCGGGAGAAAACCACGGCAAUCGGGAGCCACCAAACCCAGACGGACAGACUCACUCAGUGACUGUAUAGUUGCCGAAGGGGCAAAACCAGAUGGAGUACCGGAUCGCAAACGCUACGGACCCAUGAAACUGCUGCAGUUCCAUGAGAACUACCGUCCAGCGUACUGGGGCACCUGGAGUAAAAAGACUUCAAGUAUUUCCCCUCGCUGCCCCUUCAAACAAGACAAGGAUUUGCUUGACUAUGAGGUGGACAGUGAUGAAGAAUGGGAGGAAGAGGAACCAGGAGAGUCCCUGUCUCACAGUGAAGGGGAAGAUGAAGAGGAAGGAGGAGAAGAUGACGAUGAUGAUGACGGCUUCUUUGUUCCUCAUGGCUACCUCUCAGAAGAUGAAGGGGCCUUAGAGGAGGAGGGUGGUGACCUGGAAAAACAGAAACUGCGUCAGAAGCUCAAAGCUAGAGAGUGGGAUGAACUGAUGUCCAGCAAAAAGAAGAUGAAGGUGCUGGAGCCUGUGGUCAGAGGCUGUGUCUGGGAGGGAGACGGAGAUGGUCUGGAGAGCUUCCAGUGUUAUGCUGUGUGUUUGUUUGAGCCUCUGCCAAAAACGGACACCAGUCCAAGUCCAGAGGAGCUGUCGCAGAGGGUUCAGAGGGAAGAUCACUUGCUUGGUCAGCUGCUGCCGCUGCUGCAUGGCAAUGUCAACAGCAGCAAAGUGAUCAUCACCGAGUUUCAGGAGUUUUACCGUCAAAGCUCCUCAGCAUCAUCACCGGAUUCAGUCACACCUCAGAGCCAAACAGACAACAUUCCCACCAGAAUACAGCUGAAACGUCUCAUCAGGAGCAACGCGGUCUAUGAGAAGCGUUCAAACUUUCGGCGCUGCUGCUGGUAUGUGCACGCUGAGGUUCUGUCCCGCUACGGUCAGGAGGCUCUGCCGGUUCCCUGCCACUGGACCUACCUCACCACAGGAGCUCGAGAGGAGUCCCGUGAGGAAAACCUGCCUCCUGCAAACCCUCAGGGGAAUCCUCCCACUACACCUUCCAUGCCUUCCUCCUCCAGCAAGAGGAAGAGUACAGGCAGCCUGUCCAUAACAAAGUUUAUGAAGAGGCGUUCUGAACCGCGGCAGACUGAAGCAACAGAGGCUGACGGUUUCCAGGCUGACACUGAGGAUGAUGAGGACGACUGCAUCAUCGUUUCUACUCAGAACGGUCCCAACCAAGACAGCCCCCCCAGUGAGACGGACAAUCCCAUGGAGGUCACCCCCUCUGAUUCCUCUUCUCUCCAUGAUAACAACAUCUGAAGACUGGACCGACUGCUGCCCCCAUCCAAACCACGGGUUUAGAACUCUGUCCAAGACGGGUCGUGUCUCCUGGAAACGUGAAGCAGAAAAAGUUUCAAACAUUUUCUAAAUUCAGUGGGUUUUGGACGAGCGUCUUUGAGAAGGGAGGAGAGGUUUUGCCGUUGCUUUCUGGAGCGGUCGAGAACAAAAAAAGCAUCAUAUUUUCUUUUUUGCCUAACUGUAAAUAGAAAUGGUUGAAGAACAGCGCUAAAAAUUCAUCUGUACAUUUACGUGAUUUCCUUUGAUUCCUUUAUUCAGUGUAAUCCCUCUCAGAUUCCUCACUGGAGUGGUGUGUACAGCUAGAUACAGUCUGUUUUUAUAAAUAUGUAUUCUAUAUUUUCUAAGAAUACUUGAACGGGAUACAUUCAUUAAGUAUAAAUAAAAAGUACUGCACCUUUUACAUUUCCUCUAUCACUCAGUACUAGACAGUAGAGGCUACAACUUCAACCCUGCACUUGACCAGAACCUAUAGAGAUGAACGGAGGCAUUGCUAUAAUAAAGGUGAAUUUAAGCAUUA